AUGUUGACAUCAGCACAAGAUUCCACUGCUUUGGAAGAAUACACCAUAUGUGCAGCUUUCUCUGUGUUCGUCUUCACAGAAAUGGGUACCAUAUUUAGUUAUGCCCUCGAUAAUCCCUUCAAUAAUGUGCUAUCUAUGGCUGUCACACCAGGUGUGUUCUAUGUCACAUAUAAUUACAAUAUCAUAGACAUACCUGUGGAACAAGAGGGCAUUCUGAAUACAUGGCAGCGUCCGUGUCUGGUCGGAGUCAGAGGCGAAAACCACACCUUCUACCUCAAUGGGCAGGCUCUAAGGUCCUGGCUGUGGCCCUCCGAAGACCCAGCUCUUCCCUUAGGAGGCGCUUUGGUCCUGGGACAAGAUCAAGACAGGUUUAUGGGAGGAUAUGGCGAAGACCGUGCUUUUGUUGGCAGACUCACCCAUGUCGAUGCAUGGAAUCGUGCUCUGACACCGCUAGAAGUGCAAGUUCAAAAUCAGUGCCAGGAGAGCCUUUUGGGGGAAGGAGACUGGGUGGGCUGGACCAAAGCCCCGUGGAAACCGGAAGGCAAAUUUGAAACUCUCUCAGGGGAUUCUUGCCCGAGCACCGAUAUCAAAAUUUUGUUUUUCAACCAACAGCUCCUCUCCUUUUGGAAAUCAUGA